GGCCACACGCACACUCACGCGCCAGCCCCCGGGGGCGGCGGAAGGCGGCGCGGAGGAGGGAGCCGCCGACCCAAUCGCUCGCUCCCCCGCCCGCCGGCCGCGCCGCCUCCGCCAUUGCUGCGCGCGGGAGCGGGCGACGCGGAGCUCGGAGCCGCUCGGAGGCCAGACCUGCGGAGCCUGGCGUGGGCGGCAGCUUUAGGUCUUCGGAACSAUGGUUAAGUUGGGGAACAAUUUCGCGGAGAAGGGCACCAAGCAGCCGCUGCUGGAGGAUGGCUUCGACACCAUUCCCCUAAUGACACCCCUCGAUGUCAAUCAGCUGCAGUUCCCGCCCCCGGAUAAGGUGGUGGUGAAAACCAAGACUGAAUAUGAACCUGACCGCAAAAAAGGAAGAGCUCGUCCUCCCAAGAUCGCUGAGUUCACUGUCAGCAUCAGUGAAGGGGUCUCCGAGAGGUUUAAGGUCUCCGUGCUGGUCCUCUUCGCUCUGGCYUUCCUCACCUGCGUCGUCUUCCUGGUCGUCUACAAGGUGUACAAGUACGACCGCGCCUGCCCUGAUGGCUUCGUCCUCAAGAAUACCCAGUGCAUCCCAGAAGGCUUGGAGAGCUACUACGCGGAGCAAGACUCCAGCGCCCGGGAGAAAUUUUACACAGUCAUAAACCACUACAACCUGGCCAAGCAGAGCAUCACCCGCUCCGUGUCACCCUGGAUGUCAGUGCUUUCAGAAGAGAAGCUGUCAGAACAGGAGACUGAAGCAGCUGAGAAGUCAGCUUAGCGAGACGGGCAAGUUCCUUCCAAUGUGUCACUUGAAGAUAACAAAGGGACUUUGAGGGACAUUUCAUUAAAUAUAAUUACUGAUAAUUUAGAGGUUACUCAUUUACGGUGCAAUUGCUUCUGUUUGCUAAUGCUGCUUUGCAAAUAAAACUUGCUGCCGACCACCCAUGGGCAUAAAACCAAGAGCAUAUCAGCGUUGCUUAAAGAGCUCUGGCGCCACUUUUUAUGCUAAGGGUUCUUAGUUUAGCUCCAUCACUGGGAUUUACUGGAUGCUGUCAAAAAACAAAUUUAACCUGGAUGUAUAAGGGCGUUGGCCUUCAGAUACAUAAUGCAUUUUGUGGAGUUUAUUUUCAAAGCCACCUUGUUGUGUGCACACCUUACCCCAUAGCCAUAUCUAGAGUGAUCUCUUGCUAAGAGCAAGUGCUCUUCAGUUUCCUCAUACCCCAGCUGAUGGUGCCACUGAGGACAAGAGCACCAGGUGGCAGAUCUGCACCAGGUGGUUCUUAGUACGGCUGGGUCCCCUCUGGCUCUGGCAAGAGGGACCACUGAGUGGACAUGUGAGGUUCUCUUCAGAGUGCAUGGGCUGGGCAGAGGAGAAGGGGGGU